GUGUUGUGUGCAGCACCCUCGGCUUCUCCCCUGUGCUUCGGAGCGCAGCAUCCAGAAAACCACCAUGUCUAUUCUCAAGAUCUGUGCCCAAGAAAUAUUUGACUCUCAUGGGAACCCGACCGUGGAAGUUGAGCUCUACACCUCGAAAGGUCUUUUCCGAGCUGCUGUGUCCAGCGGAGCUUCCACUGACAUCUAUGAGGCCCUGGAGCUGCGGGACAAUGACAAGACCCGCUACAUGGGGAAGGGUGUCUCAAAGGCUGUUGAGCACAUCAAUAAAACUAUUGCGCCUGCCCUGAUUAGCAAGAAAUUGAACGUCGUUGAGCAGGAAAAGAUAGACCAGCUGAUGAUCGACAUGGACGGGACCGAAAACAAAUCCAAGUUCGGUGCGAAUGCCAUCCUGGGGGUGUCCCUUGCUGUGUGCAAAGCCGGCGCCGUGGAAAAGGGGGUCCCCCUGUACCGCCACAUCGCUGACCUGGCUGGCAACUCGGAAGUCAUCCUGCCAGCUCCAGCCUUCAACGUCAUCAGUGGUGGCUCGCACGCCGGCAACAAGCUGGCCAUGCAGGAGUUCAUGAUCUUGCCCAUCGGAGCAGCCAAGUUCCAGGAAGCCAUGCGCAUUGGGGCUGAGGUCUACCACAACUUGAAAAAUGUCAUCAAGGAGAAAUACGGCAAGGAUGCCACCAACGUCGGUGACGAGGGCAGGUUUGCGCCCAACAUCCUGGAGAAUAAGGAAGCCCUGGAGUUGCUGAAGAACGCCAUCGCAAAGGCCGGCUACACGGAUAAGGUGGUCAUCGGCAUGGAUGUGGCCGCCUCCGAGUUCUUCCGGUCCGGCAAGUAUGACCUAGACUUCAAGUGUGCAGACGAUCCCAGCUGCUACAUCACACCCGACCAGCUGGCCGACCUGUACAAGUCCUUCGUCAAAGACUACCCGGUGGUGUCCAUCAAAGACCCCUUUGACCAGGAUGACUGGGAAGCUUGGCAGAAGUUCACGGCCAGUGCAGGCAUCCAGGUGGUAGGGGGCGAUCUCACCGUGACCAACCCAAAGCGCAUCGCCAAGGCCGUGGAACAGAAGUCCUGCAACUGCCUGCUGCUCAAAGUGAACCAGAUUGGCUCCGUGACCGAGUGCCUAAAGGCCUGCAAGCCGGCCCAGUCCAAUGGCUGGGGCAUAAUGGUGUCUCAUCGCUCUGGGGAGACUGAGGACACCUUUAUCGCCGACCUGGUGGUGGGACUGUGCAAUGGGCAGAUCAAGACUGGAGCACCCUGCCGGUCUGAGCACCUGGCCAAGUACAACCAGCUGCUCAGAAUUGAAGAAAAGCUGCGCAGCAAGGCCAAGUUUGCUGGCAGAAACUUCCGAAACCCCGUGGCUAAGUAAGCUGCACGCCAGUGAUCGCAAGUGCUCAGUCCCCAGCAUCUGAGUAUAUCUGCCCCGCAGUGGUGCAGGCAGCUCCAGGUCCUGAGCAGUGCUCCCGGGGCCUGGGGUAGUUAGCUCCCUUCUCCCGUCACUGCAGAAGCCACGCUUGACCACCUGGCCCCAAUGGCAACCCACGCUCUGUAUCUCAACCUUGGCCCAGUUGAUGCUCCCUUACCAGGCACCUCCCUGGUCAUCUCCAUCUCACCAGUGGGUGUACAUGCAAAAUAAAAACAUCUCUGACCAUGA